AUGGCUGCGGCCUCACAAACUAUCAGGCAACAGAUCUGGGAAGGCUGCCUGCCACUACAGAUAAAUCUGUCAAAGUCGGAAUGCAGAGUAUUUGACGAGGCGGAUCCUUAUAUUAUAUCAUUCCCUCGUCUUUCAUACCUACCCUUUCUAUUACCUAGGCUACUCGACUUCUUCAAACCUUACCUUAUUGGCUCUGAUCCUGUAUACCCAUAUCAAGGCUGGUUCUCAUUUGAAGGGAUUCCGCUGAAAUGGCAUUACCCCGUUGGUUUGCUAUACGAUCUAUACGCCAGCACAGAGCCAGCACUAGAGCAAAGUGAUGAUAAGGAUACAAGGUAUCCAUGUCGGAAAACCCUUCCUUGGAAACUAACGUUACACUUUCAAGACUGGCCUGAUCAGGAACUUGUUGGCCUUGAUGAGCAGGGGAGGGUGAUGCAUGACUUCUUUAUGAAUAGUGUCAAGGAGGCGGAUUUUGUUCGCAACGGUACAGGGAAGAGCAUUAUGACACUUUCAAAAGAAGACUCAAAUAAACUUUGGACGUCCAUACAAGAACACUCCUUUCAAACCUUUCACCGAGUUAAUAAUACACUCUUACCAAACAUAUCAACUCCAUUCCGCAACAUACCGCUGCGAAUAUAUCUGCCCGUUGCACCAGGGUCUGAGAAGCCAUCUAUUAAGGUCGUUCAAUCCCAAUUUCCACCAAAAAUCUCUACAGUGUCGGUGGGAACUGAGAAGCAAAUUCAAACUAUUGGAACCGCUCUUCAUUCUGUAGCUCCUAGCUUGUUCCCAGACGAUAAGGAUACAAAUAUGGCUACACCGAUAUUACAUGGAGCCGCAGUACCAAUGAGUGCACCCCUGGAAGAAAUGGCACGGUGUGCAGCAUAUGCUGAUGGAUGGCUAAAUAUUGUAGUCUGGAUGCAUGGAUGA